UGUCCCUGGGCCUCGUUUUUGAAAUAUUACGCUUGUACAAACUAGACAUUUUCCUUUUCCAGUUUUUCUUGUAAAAAAAGCGCCGGAGUUUGCUUAAUUUCGUAUGGAGUCUUAUAAUAAAUACAUCAAGGGAAAAUUCACUUUUUGGUUUUUUAAGUUUGAUCCUGAAAAAGCAAGGGUUUAUGGUAAAACUUGACCAGAUAAUUCAUUUUAAAAAUGGAGGACCGAACUAAGAAGUGGACGGAUAAACAGGAACAAAACCAACUAUGCCAAGCCGAAGAGGGUUCGGCAGCAACUCCAAUAAAAGUUUUCAAGAAAAGAUGGGCGAUUCUCGCCAUAUACGUUUUGUAUUCCGCAGCAAAUUCCUUUCAGUGGAUGGAAUAUUCGAUUAUUGCCAACGUAGUUAUGAGGUUUUAUAAGGUCAGUCCUGCCCAAGUUGAUUGGACCUCCAUUAUUUAUAUGUUGAUAUAUCCGAUUAUUGUUGUGCCCGUAUCGUACUUUAUUGAAAAGAAGGGUUUAAGAUUUGCAGCAUUAUGUGGUGGUAUAGGGACAGCAGUAGCAGCUUUGGUAAAAGUGUUUUCAAUCCACGAAAGUCUCUUUUGGGUCGUCAUAUUAGGUCAAGGAAUUGGAUCAACUGCACAGGUCUUCGUUAUGUGUCUACCUUCCAAGAUUGCUACUGUUUGGUUUAAACCCUCAGAGGUAUCAACCGCAUGCGCCUUAGCGGUAUUUGGUACCCAGUUAGGUUUUGCAUUGGGUUUCGUAGUGCCGUCAACCAUAGUGAGAAACCAUGAAAGUUUGAACCAGAUUGGGUGCGAUUUAAAAUUAUUAUGUCUGGUUCUGACCAUUUAUAUGGUGCCUGUGGUCCUAGGCAUUAUAUUUUUUUUUCCUAGUUGCCCAAGAUUACCGCCUUCGCAGAUUCAGUUAGAAGAAAGACGGCGAAAUCCGUCAUCACUCUCUUUUUCAAAAUAUCUAGGAUUUUUCCUAAAUCUUUUUAAAAAUAGAGGAUUUGUGUUUCAUACGAUUGCUUACGGUAUUAAUAUAGGAGUUUUUGCAGCUAUAGGCACUUUGCUGAAUCAGUUCAUUUUGGAAUAUUUUCCGAACUCUGAAGAAGAUGCUGGACGAAUCGGACUUAUCAUGGUCAUAAGUGGAAUGAUCGGCUCUUUAAUAUUUGGAUUUUUCUUAGAUAAAACCCAUAAAUAUAAGGAAACCACGGUAUUCAUUUACUUUGCAGCAGUCAUAUCAAUUGUCGUAAGCAUGUUCUCCUUAACAUCAUAUUCCAAAGUGUUUGUCUAUUUAUCAUUUGCAACAGUUGGGGUAUUCACCAAUGCUUACAUGCCUGUUGGGUUUGAAUUUGCUGUUGAAAUAACAUACCCAGCAGACGAGAGCACUACUAUUGGAAUAUUGAACGCUAUGACUCAAGCUACUGGAGUUUUGGUUACUAUAUUUUUAGGUAAAUUCAAUUCGCACUUUGGAGCCUUUUGGUUCCUAGCUAGCCAAGCGUUUUUAUUGGCAAUAGGAGCAGUCAUUACCACUUAUGUUCCAAACAAGAAAAGACGACAAGAAGCAAUGCGAGGCUUUGAGAUUAAUGAACUUGAACUAUUGAAAACGAAAAAAUAAAUUGCCUGAAUUUUAUAUUACUGAAAUAAAUCAUUACAUUAC